AGAUCACGGCCAUCUGACAGCGGUACAGCAGGGAGCUGACACUGACAGGAGCCUCUCCAGCUCAACAGAUUUUCACGUAAUAUUUUUUACAUAAUUCAGUUUUCUUUCUUUAGUUACGUUUUCUCAAGACGCAUAUGAAGGUGCGGUUAAAUGCAGUUCACUGACUGAGGGGAUUAUCCUCUUAAAAGAUCUCACAAUAGACUGCUGCUUAAUUAAUCCUCACCAUGGCGACGGUUGUGAUGGAGCAGAUAGGGCGGCUGUUCAUCAACGCACAGCAGCUUCGCCAAAUCCCCCGUUUCCUGGAGUCAGCCUUCCCUAAACUGCCUUGUACUGUGAUGGUGAGCGAUGUGCCGUGGGUUUUCCGUGAGUCACAUAUAUUCACGGGCUACAGGCCGCCCGACCAGAACUGGCGCUACUACUUCCUCACUCUGUUCCAGAGGCAUAAUGAGUCAGUAAAUGUGUGGACACACCUGCUGGCCUCCCUCAUUAUCUUAGUCAAAUUUCAGGAGCUGUCAGAAACCGUGGACUUCCUGCGAGACCCACACGCCCAGCCGCUGUUCAUCCUGCUUUUAGCCGCCUUCACCUACCUGGGCUGCAGCGCGCUUGCCCACCUGCUCUCGGCCAAGUCUGAGCUCUCCCACUACACAUUUUAUUUUUUGGACUAUGUUGGUGUAGCCGUAUACCAGUAUGGCAGCGCCCUGGCCCACUUCUAUUAUGUCAUCGAACAAGAAUGGCAUGCUCAAGUGCGAAGUUUUUUCUUGCCAGCUGCUGCCUUCCUGGCCUGGCUGUCCUGUACGGGCUGCUGCUUAGGCAAGUACGCCAGCCCAAGCUUGCCCAAAUUCGUUCACAAGCUAUUCCAAGUGGUUCCCUCGGGCCUGGCCUACUGUUUAGACAUCAGCCCAGUGCUCCAUCGCAUCUAUAAAUGCUACAGCUGCGAACAAGGCUGUGCUGACCAGGCGGUGGUGUACCACUGCUACCAGGUUGUCUCCUUUUUAAUCAGCGCCUACUUCUUCUCAUACCCCCAUCCUGAGCGCUGGUUCCCUGGACGUUGCGACUUCAUCGGGCAGGGCCAUCAGGUCUUCCACGUGUUCCUUGUGCUCUGCACUCUAGUGCAGAUCGAAGCCGUGCGACUGGAUUUUAGCGAGAGGAAACCUCUCUAUGAAAGUCUCCAUGGAGACUUGGCUCACGAUGCAGUGGCUCUUUUUAUCUUCACAGCGUGUUGCAGCGCACUCACUGCGUUCUAUGUGCGCAAACGGGUGAAGGCGUAUCUAGAAGAGAAGCAGGAGUAGCCAGAGACCUUGCCUUGAACAUGUAGGAAGGAUUGCACUGGUCUACAACAAUUGAAGCAACUAACAAUGAAAAACCUUUUUGUUAUUUUUAAGUGUGUCUUAUAUUUGUUGUUAAUGUUUUUUUGUGGCCUGCCAAUGCAUUUUGAACCAACUGCUUUUUGUUUACCAAACGUGACAUACCAGUUGAAACCGCAUCACAUUUGAAGAAUGGCUCUAAAACAGUGGACUGCCUGCUGGAAGGUGCUGAUUUGUUUGACGAGUGCCCUUACAACCUAUUUAAUCUGGUUAACGUGAGAACUGUGAUGAGAUGUCAGCUUUUUGCUGACAGGUUGGUUUGCUUACAGGAUAGUUUAGGUAGACUGGAUCAUUGAAAGUGUUCAUAUUUGCAUUGUGCCUCUAAAUCCAACCUCAUUUUGGUGCAGUUUUCUGCUUUUAAAUAUGUUUCUCAUAUGGCAUUUGCACAUUUAGCAGACAUAUUGCAUUCAAUGUAUGUAGUACACUAAAAAAGUAAAUCCAGAUCCAAAACUAAAUUUUUUACCCCUGUGUUCCCUGGGAAUUGAACCCAUGACCUUGUGGUGCUAGCACCAUGUGCUAUGGUUUGAAUUACAGGGAUGCACACAGCAACUAAAAUGUCAGAAAAUAAAGUUCCCAUGCCAUCAGACCAGCGCAAUUAGCUAAAUGUGGAGUGUUUUAGGAAUAUUUCAUUAAGAGAUGAAUCAGAUCAAAUCCCCGACUCUGCAUUGCUUUUUAUUCAACAAUUUUCCUCAGUAAGCCAAUGCAAAUUAGUGUCAAAUUGACUACUGACUUGCCUUACAGUGUGUCCGACCCGUCCAGUGCCACGAUGAGGUUAGCGAAUUGCAAUCGAUUGGUUUUGCACUGCCAGUGCACACUUCCCUUUUUGAUGUGUAGCCUGUGAUGAGGGCUGAAAUACCGGACAUUAUGAAACAGUAGGCAGGAUGUGAUGACACUGGAUUGCAGUAUAAUCAGGUUUAAGGAUUUCAGAUGCAGCCCUGGCUGAUUAGUAAUUUGACAAAAAUGAGAACUCGUGUUCUUUAUGCAUCAAAGUUAUUAGAAAGUUGCUCUGCACCAUCAGCACUCUUUGUUUGGAAAAUUUUAAAGGGAAAGUUCAUUCAAAAAUGAAAACCCAUUAUUUACUCAUUUCCAUGUUUUCCAAAUCUGAAUGACAUUUUGAAGAUUGCUGUUGCCCAUACUAUGAAAUUUACUGGGGUUCAAAUUAACUGUUGAUUGCUUCAUUUAAUUUGAAUCAAAUCAGAAUAUCACAAUAUUUUGAUAAAUAACAGAAGACUAUUCGUUUUUGGGUGAACUAUCCCAGCCAAAGAGGCUUCUUUAGAAACAAUGAAUUAUGUCCAUUAUAGCUAUGAUGUCUCAAUUUGUCAUGAAGAUGCUCCUUUUGUACGCAAGGGCUAUAACUUUGGCCUUAACCUUUACUCAUACCCUGAUAUGAAUGCCUUUGUGUGUUCUGUGCAAUGUGGAUUUUUCUAAUAGAAGUUCAGCACUUUAUUUACAAGAACAGUCUGAGCAUCAAAACUAAUGUGUUAAGUGUGUAUUCUAAUGUGCCUGACUGCAUGCAUGCAUCCUUGUGUGAGUAUGCAUACAGGUGCUUGUCGUAUGUGUGUGUGCAUUUUUGAACGUUUAUGUAUACCUGUGUGAGAUAGCUACUGAUGAGAAAGGAUAUGAAGGUUCCUGAACCUCUCUGGCCUUUUAAUGACCGUGAAAUGCAUCUAGAUUUUGUAUCAUGAAUUGUGUAGCUCCCUUGUCUUAGCCCUUGUUCAUAAACCAACACAUAUCCAUCAGAUUGAAGGUGGAAGGAUAACUUAUUUUCAUAUUCCCUUGAGAUGAAUAUUGUGUCACUAGGCUAUUGCUCCAGGCAAACGUCUGUGCGAUGUAGUGUAAAAACUGGUUUAUGAUCCAGUCCCAGAAAAACAAAUUGUUGCUGUGGUAUGAGCCGUUUGAGUAGCAAAUAAGCGAAGUCAUGAUAAACGGUGACCAGCAUUUAUUUCUGCAACCAGGAACACGUGGAGAACAAAAAGGGGCUGUUCACGCAGAACGCAUUUUUGCAUUUCAAAAUGCAAGACGCUUGGUAAUGGAAUGAAAAAAACUAUGGAUAAUUUUUUUUAAAGCUUAACUUAUUUUAGCAAAAAUCAUGAGACACCGGGAAGUGAAAUGGAAACUUUUAAGUUGCACUUUACAUGUUCAUCAUGUCUAGCACAUGUUUACGUAGAACAGCAACGGAAAAGUAGCGCAGUGGAAUGCGAAAACGCAUUCUGUAUAAGCAUGUUUUUAUGUUUGGAAAUUAUGCAAGCCAGUGUAAUAAAAAGAGUACGGUCUAUAGAGUAGCAUUUUUUUAAAAGUUAACCUUAGCACUGCAAAUUUAGAACGUUGUAUGCACAAGAUGCUGCAAAAGACAAAAGAUGUAGCAUGUAUUUAGCAUGGAAUGUAAAAACGCGUUCUAUGUGAAUGGCCCUCCAGUUUUAUCAGCACCAGCAGACAACAAUGAUGUCACAGUUUGAUGAUGUCAUCAAGGACUAGAACUGAUGAAGUGAUUGAAAUGUUGUUAGUUGGCAAAUAUUAAAAAAAAUGAUUGCAUAGUGGGUGCUUUAUUUAAUGAAAGACCAUAUUGAUUACAAUUAUUUUAUAAUGUUAAUUACAUACUGUAGAUAUUAAAUGUGAACUAUUAACAAAAUAUGUUGUUUUUUUACUGCUGUACCACAGUUUAAGAAAUGAACAGAUCAUUCAAAAUCACAUAGUAGAUAGUAAACAGGGGGCCGCCAAGAGCUGAUGUCACUGAGAAAGAAAACAGAUGAGGUCAUCUCCUGGCACCACCAGGAUUUGACCUAAAGCCUCAAUUCCUGUAAUGCUCAAUUGGAAUUUUAAGGAAACUCUGUAAAUGAUUUCUGCUAAACUGUAAAGUGUCUCCUUCUCAAAUACUAUACUAAUCUACUCACCUCAGAGACACUUAACCUUUUCUAUUUUGAACAUGAUCAUGUUCAGAGUUUGUUUUAACAAUUGUCUUUCUUUUUGUAUUGCACUUAAAGAAGAAGGACUGCUCAGAAAGUCACUUGAGAACCUCUUGUACUCCGUACUCAACCACGAACCCUUGCACGGAGCUGAACUAACACUCAUGUUCUGCUGAAGUGCAGAACAGGAACAAUAAAGACUGGUGAUAACCUAAGCUAUACCGUUGUGUUUGGAAAUGACUUUGUUGAUGUACUAUGGUAUUUAAGUCAAUAAACAACUGUAAGUCCCAA